UCCUUGCCGCUGCACCUCUGCCUCUUUUCUUUCGGCAACCGCACGCGCUUCCACGCGCUGCGCAAAAUGUUCCUGAAUUUGGACCGACCGUGCUGAAUCCUCGUCGCAAGCGGAAAAGUGUCGCGAUCGUCGUGUGAAAAUGUGCGCGAGGGGGACAGCGGAGUACGACGAGGAACUUUGGGCCCCGAAAGAGGAGAAGGAGCCACAGCGUCAACGACCGGACGCUGCGUUCAAUCUGCAGCCUCGAAUUGUGCUGCGCAGAGCAAACAUCGGUAAAGAUCUUCAACCUGAGCGGCAGGAGCCACAGCCCCCUCACAUUAAAGAGGAAGAGGAGGAUGUAGAGGUCCACCACAUUAGAGAGGAAGAGGAAUUGGAGACCACUCGCAUUAACAAAGAGGAGGAAGAAGAGCGCCCCCACAUCAAACAGGAAGAGGAGGAGGAGGAGGAUAUCGCCAAGUUUUCGACUGAUGUCCCUUUGAAGAGUGAAGGUGACGGUCGAAGAGAGGAGAGCAAAAGGGCGGAGCCUCCAAGUAGCAGCUCAAGUCAACGCAUGACAACAGAAGGCGAUGGAGACCCCCAUGCAGGAUCACAACCAGAUGGCCUCUCCGCUCCACUAUCAGACAGUGAUGGCAUGAUGUCACAAUCUCCGAACACUGAUGAAAAUUAUGAUGAUAAACAGUCUGAAGGUGAUAUGGAAAUUCCCACUGCCAACAAACAAUUGAAAUGUUCGCAGUUUGGGAAAACCUUUGCUGACAAGAAGGCUUUGAAGAUAACACACACUGGAGAGAAACCUUUUGCCUGCUCAGAUUGUGGUCAAAUAUUCCCUGAUAAGAGACAAUUAAAAGCACACACAAGAAGACACACCGGUGAAAAACCUUUUUCCUGUUCAUUUUGCAGUAAAAGAUUCACUCAGAAGGGAACCUUGAAAAGACACACAAGAACGCAUACUGGAGAGAAACCUUUUUCCUGCUCAGUUUGUGGUCAAAGAUUCACUCAGAAGGGAGAUUUGAAAAUACACGCAAGAACCCACACUGGUGAGAAACCUUUUGUCUGCUCAAUUUGUGGUCAAAGAUUCGCUUAUGAGGGACAAUUCAAAAUACACACAAGAGCGCACACUGGAGAGAAACCUUUUUGCUGCUCAGUUUGUGGCCAAAGAUUCUCACAGAAGAAAACCUUCAAAAUACACACAAGAACACACACUGGUGAGAAACCUUUUUCGUGCUCCGUUUGUAGUAAAAGAUUUACUCAAAAGGGACAAUUAAAAGUGCACUCAAGAACCCACACUGGUGAGAAACCUUUUUCCUGCUCAGUUUGUGGUCAAAGAUUCUCUGUAAAGGGAAGCUUAAAAAGACACACAAGAACCCACACUGGUGAGAAACCUUUUUCCUGCUCAGUUUGCGGUCAAAGAUUCACUCAGAAGGGAGAUUUAAAAAUACACACCAGAACACACACCGGAGAGAAACCUUUUGCAUGCUCAGGUUGCAGUAAAAGAUUCACGAGGAAGGGAGAUUUAAACAUACACACCAGAACCCACACUGGUGAGAAACCUUUUUCCUGCUCAGAUUGUGGUCAGAAAUUCACUCAGAAGGGAGCCUUAAAAGUACACUCAAGAACCCACACUGACGAGAAACGUUUUUUUUCUGCUCACUUUGUGAUCAUAGGUUCUCUCGUAAGACACACGGGUGCUGGUGAGAAUAGCAGUGAUCAAAGUCUUUUAAUGACGAUGGAAAUGUUUCAUAGCGAAAGUAAUUACAAUGUGAGUGACUGAGUGUUUUGUGUUCAUCUAUUGUCUAUCUUGUUGUCGUCUAUCUAUUUAUCUACACACACACACACUGAAGGAGGAGUUGAGUGACGCCAUGGAGAAUGACUUCCGGACGGCUUUCGAGAAAAUUCUGGUCCACCGUCCGGCGUCUCAGGAGGGGGAAGCAGUGCGCCAUCAACACUGUGGAUAGCGGGGAUGGGGCGCUGCUGCUCUCGACUCGGGACGUUGUGCGUCGAUGGGGUGAAUACUUCGAAGACCUCCUCAAUUCCACCGACACGCCUUCCCGUGAGGGAGCAGAGUCGGGGGUCUCUGGGGUUGAGGUCACCGAGGUGGUUGAAAAGCUCCUCUGUGGCAAGGCCCCGGGGUUGGAUGAGAUUCGCCCGGAGUUCCUAAAGGCUCUGGAUGUUGUGGGGCUGUCCUGGUUGACACGCCUCUGCAACAUCGCGUGGACAUCGGGGACAGUGUCUCUGCAUUCGCAAACUGGGGUGGUGGUCCCCCUUUUUAAGAAGGGGGACUGGAGGGUGUGUUCCAACUACAGGGUGAUCACACUCCUCAACCUCCCUGGUAAGGUCUAUUCAGGGGUGCUGGAGAGGAGGGUCCGUCGGGAAGUUGAAUCUAAGAUUCAGGAGGAGCAGUGUGGUUUUCGUCUGCAGGGUCCUCGAGGGUGCAUGGGAGUUCACCCAACCAGUCUACAUGUGUUUUGUGGACUUGGAGAAGGCGUUCGACCGUGUCCUUUGGGGACUCCUGUGGGGGGUUCUUCGGGAGCAUGGGGUGCCAAACCACCUGAUCCGGGCUGUUCGGUCCCUGUACGACCGGAGUCAGACUUUUGGUCCGCAUUGCUGGCAGUAAGUCGGACUCGUUUCCAGUGAGCGUUGGACUCCGCCAAGGCUGCCCUUUGUCACCGAUUCUGUUCACAAAUGUUAUGGACAGAAUUUCUAGGCGUAGAGGGGGUCCGGUUUGGUGGCCUCAGUAUUGCAUCUCUGCUUUCUGCAGAUGAUGUGGUUCUGUUGGUUUUCUUCAAGCCAUGACCUACAACUCUCACUGGGGCAGUUCGCAGCCGAGGUGAGAAUCAGCACCUCCAAAUCUGAGACCGUGGUCCUCAGUCGGAAAAGGGUGGCGUGCCCUCUCCGGGUCGGGUAUGAGAUCCUGCCCCAAGUGGAGGAGUUCAAGUACCUUGGGGUCUUUUUCACGAGUGCGGGAAGAACGGAACGGGAGCUCGACAGGCGGAUCGGUGCGGCGUCUGCAGUGAUGCGGGCUUUGUAUCGGUCCGUUGUGGUGAAGAAGGAGCUAAGCCGAAAGGCGAAGCUCUCGAUUUACGUUCCUAGCCUCACCUAUGGUCACCAGCUGUGGGUCGUGAGCGAAAGAACGAGAAAUGAGUUUCCUCCGCAGGGUGUCCGGGCUCUCCCUUCGAGAGAGGGUGAGAAGCUCGGUCAUCCGGGAGGGGCUCAGAGUAGAGCCGCUGCUCCUCCGCAUUGAGAGGAGCCAGAUGAGGUGGCUCGGGCAUCUGAUUCGGACGCCUCCCGGUGAGGUGUAACGGGCACGUCCCACCGGGAGGAGACCCCGGGUAGGACCCGGGACACGCUGCAAAGACUGUCUCCCGGCUGGCCUGGGAAUGCCUCUGGAUCCCACCGGAAGAGCAGGAUGAAGUGGCUGGGGAGAUGGAAGUCUGGGCGUCGCUGCAAAACCUACUGCCCCCCGUGACCCGACCUCGGAUAAGUGGUAGAAAAUGGAGGGAUAAAUAUCAAAUAAGUGAAUGAUUGACUGAUAUAAGACUGGAAAGAAACUGACUUUUGGUGGUCAAUCAAUAAAAUAAGCUUCUUCAA